AUGAGUGAACACCAGCCGGCAAUCGAAGGAGCUUUGAAUUCAGCACAAGAACAUAAGGACACUAAUAAGGAGCUUAUUCAAAGUGACAGUGAAAAAAAGAAAGUGGAUCCCCAGUUGCUGAAGGAGGUAAAGGAAAGUAACGACACAAAGGAUAACCAACAUUGUGCUGAACCCAAGAAUCCUGAGAAGAAUGAAGCUUCAGGGGAGGAUAUAAACAGACCCCUCGUUCUGGAAGAGCGGCAUUCGCUAUCCAUAGCAGAAACCAAGAAGCGCAGAGCCAGCAUCUACUCUAAUGAACUGCUUUUCAUACCCAAGGAGCUGGCCCGCAGUGAACUUCAUCAGCGAACACGAACCCUUAGCAGAUACGCCAAGAAUCGGGAGUAUCACCUACGAAUGCUCAAGUUUCCUGUCGGCUCAGGACGUCCUCGAAUCGUAGCAGAGCAGAUGAAGAAGGCUCAAGCGAUUGAUCAGUCGAACUCCGAGCAGGCGUUGGAUGGAUCAGAAUUGAGCGAGGGGAAUGUGGCCAUCAAACGUGAAGAGGAACCCACUGAUGAAGUACACGGAGAACUUCAAGAUUCCAGCGGUUUGCCCCAAAAUAUGCACAAUUUUCAGGUGGAAAAAGGACUUAAAAAUCAACUGCCCGAUGAACAAGAGAUCAGUAAUAUAUUGUUUGAUUUGGUUAAGAAAGAAGUCGUAGAAAAAGAGGCGCUGGAGGAAAGAAACCGAAAGAUCCUUCAAAGCCAGCGCCAAAGUGUUAUAAUAACAAACACUUCAAGACUACAGCACUAUCCAUAUUUGCGCUGGCACAAGCCAGACCGCAAAAUAUUGGACUUCAACUCGCUGCUCCAGUUUCCAUGCAAAGUCGAAAAAGAGCCGGAAGUCCCAGUAAAUUACAGUGAGAUUCCACUCAUGAAUGUCAGCAGUGAUUGCAAUCAAACCGAAGAAGAAAGCGUGGUGCGUAUUCAGGAGCAGGAGCAGAAUCCACAGUUGCCGGAUAACCAGGAAGAUCCACUGCAAUCUCAGUUUCAGAACCCAGAGACAAUCAUUUAUUUACCUCAGUGUGAGAACGAGCUUCAGCCACAAUUAGUGGCGGCCGAAGUACCCGUCGAUAACUCCACUAGAGCAGCACCCAUGUCCCUUGAUCCGGAAGGACAAUCAACAAACUCGGCUCUCCGCCAGCAACUAAUACAUCACAUCGUCCAGCCGGCCACCUUAAGAGAGAACCUACUUCAAUCCAGCAGUUGCAAUAACAAUGCCGAUGAUCGAAUCAACCAAAACCUAAGGCAACCCCAAUUUCUUGAGACAUUCCCCCCCGAAAUAGACCAUCAGUGGAACCCCGCCAGUGUAGAGAACUACGCUGAUCAAGCCUACCACGAGCAGCAGUUGCAUCUUCAGCAGCAAUACCUGUACACGCAACAGCAACAGCAUCAGCAGCAUCAGCUGAUGGUCUACCAUCAGCAUCAGUACAAUAUAGAAAACCAAAUUCAAGAAAUGAGGAUAAUGUACCAGCGUAUCAAGUGCCGCGAGGAGGAGCAACUGCAUCAUUAUGGCAAAUCCCUGAAGAAAAUCCAAGAGGAGCGGCUUGCCUGUGAACGCCGCCAUGCGGAGGAGAAGCGCGUGUUUCUGUUCAAAAUUGAACAAAGCAGAAAGCUGGAGGAGAAGCUAAGGUCAGAAAAGGAGCAGCUGCUUCGACAUUUGAGAACCGAUCUCAAGACUCUGGAGCUGAGAAUUGCUGACCAGCAGCGGCAGCAGAAGGAGAAGGCUCUGGCUUGGUCAUGGCAGCAUCAGCAGCAGCACCAACAAUCUCAAUAUCAGCAACCUCACUUCCAAGAAAUGGAGGCCCCUCCAGGGCAAUAUAUUCAAACUGAAGUCCAGCCAAGCCAGGACCAAUAUACUCAGCACCAGCAAAUGGUAAACCAACAACAUACGUUGCUGUACCAUCCGCCAGCCUAUGUAUAUUCACCUGCUUACCAGGAUAUGAAUGUGCAUCAACAUGCCAUGCAGCCUUAUCACGAACAGAUGCCACCCAAUCCUGCGGAAACCCAUGCUGGAAUGGUUAGGUCUGCCCUCGAAAUGCCACACCGAGUCUUGCAGCCGCCACCACCGUUCUGUCCUACCAGCACCAAGACCCUAGAUGAGUCUUCUUUAUCGUCUAGGAAAAUUCGACAUCGCCGCCUCACCACUGACCACCGCUCGGAGCCAUAUGCUGUCCCAGUCAGGGACCCUCCGCCUCCAAGUGCGCCACCUCCAGCCGAGUACUUGCAGUUUCCGGGAAACCCACACAUUGGUCCGGGAGGUCAAAGCAGCCAUGACCUGGAAAUUAGAUCUGUUAUGGCCAAUUAUGCCGCAAACUAUAUGAAUAGACGUGCCUAG